UUCUUUGCACUGGGAAUGCGGGCGUACCAGCAGGGUAUCUGUGUCUGUUCUAUUUUUACUGACCAGUUGCAGUCUGCCUUCAACAUAAUACUCCCAUCCUUUCUCCAUCCUCUCACAAGAAAAUCCAAGAUCACAGCUUCACGCAAACUCCUCUUGAAGAGUUUGAUGCUAGCCAAAGCUAAAGAGCAGUGGGAACAAGAGCAAGUAGACAAACAGGGAGAGAAGGAGAGAUAUUUGGCAGAACGGGUCACGCCUCUGCGAACCAGUGGGCUUUCCUUCAGCCAGCUCCAGGAUCUGUGCAGGGAGCUACAUGAGAAGGUUGAUGUUGUGGAUGAGGAGCGAUAUGACAUCGAAGCAAAAUGUACUCACAACAUGCGGGAGAUUAAAGACCUGAAAUUGAAAGUGCUCGACCUCCGGGGAAAGUUCAAACGGCCUCCCUUGCGACGUGUCCGUGUCUCUGCUGACGCCAUGCUGAGGGCUCUUCUUGGCUCUAAGCACAAGGUUUCCAUGGACCUGAGAGCCAACCUCAAGUCUGUCAAGAAGGAGGACACUGAAAAGGAGCGCCCCGUGGAAGUGGGUGACUGGCGAAAGAACGUGGAGGCCAUGUCAGGAAUGGAGGGCAGGAAGAAGAUGUUUGAUGCUGCCAAGUCUCCAACAGGACAGUGAGAAAUCCUGCAUGGAAGGAUGAAGACCCUCCCCCUCAGUGCCUGCAUAUCUUUCCCUCCCUCUUUCCGCCUUGGGUGCUCCCUGCUCUGGCCUCUUCUUCCUGGGCUAGUUGUAGAGUCUCUGCAUUUGUGGUCAUUAUUAAAGGAUUAAAUGACUUUGCUCUUCA